AAAAAUAAAAAACCAUGGCUUGACGACGCCAAUAAAGAAAUAUAAAUACGGAAGUUGGAGCUGGACUGAUGCAAAGUCUGUGAUAAUAACAGUAAUAAAGAAAAAAUAAAUAAAUAAAAGGCUGGCUGCUGUUGCUAGAGCCUAAAGCCGGCGUGUGUGAUUGAGAAGAUCCUCUUUAUCACCCGGUCGCUUAACCCUAAUCGCCUUGGAGCCACGGCAGCACCGCCAGGCGAGGGGAGGUCAACGGAGAACAUGGUCUCCUCAACACCCUGCUUUCAGGAAGAAGAUGAUUAUUUUUCUUUCUCCUCUAGAAAGAGGUUGAAGAUUUCAGAUUUUCAGCACCAAGAACAACAAGAUGCAUAUAUCUCCACUGGUAACUGUGAUGACGACACAUUCAUGGUGAUGAGUAGCGCAGAAGAAUGCUCAUUCGAUGGUUCUAGUUCCAUACCAGAGAUGAGUUGCAAGUCCAAUGGAAAUAGUGAAGGUAUGCCGAAUACUGGCGGGGCUUCAUACGGGGGAGAGAAUUGUUCUGGCCACUCACCACCUGCUUUUGUUAGUGGAUGGAUGUACCUUAAUGAAAAUGGACAAAUGUGUGGUCCUUACAUCCAGCAACAGCUUUACGAGGGAUUAUCUACUGGUUUCCUCCCUGAGGAUCUUCCUGUGUAUCCCAUUGCAAAUGGGAUAUUGAUCAAUCCCGUGCCUCUCAACUACUUCAAGCAGUUUCCUGAUCAUGUUUCCACUGGUUUUAUAUAUCUUUGUUUGGGUACUUCAGGCACAACUAUGCCUGCAAAUCACUCUACAGAUUUGGCAGCACAUAGGCAAGAAGGCGUUCAGUAUGCUGCUCCUGUCUCUGCUCAUCCAGAUAUAGAAUCCAUAUCUGAUUCCCGUGUUCAUAACCAUACUUACAGCUCCAACGAACCAAUCUCCAACUCUGAAGCAGCCGACUAUGCCACACCAAUUUCACUUGUGUCAGGUGAAGAUUCCUGUUGGUUAUUCAAGGAUGAUGAUGGGAGGAAGCGUGGGCCACAUUCUCUUCUGGAGCUUUAUUCUUGGUAUCAGUACGGGUAUCUUAAAGAUUCAUUAACGAUAUAUCAUGCUCAGAAUAAGUUUAGACCCCUUCCUCUGCUAUCUAUUAUGAAUGCUUGGAGAUUGGAUAAACCUGAAUCUUUCUCCAUGACCGAUGCCAACACUGAAACUGGCUCAUCUCAGAGUUUCAUAUCUGUAAUUUCUGAAGAAGUUUCCUGUCAAUUGCACUCUGGAAUAUUGAAAGCUGCUCGUAGAUUUGCAUUAGAUGAGAUAAUUUGCAAUGUCAUUUCAGAGUUUGUUCGCACAAAGAGAGCAGAGAGAUAUAUUAUGCUUGAUAAUCAGGCUGCCAAAACUUGUUCUGUGGAUGGUAAAAUGUCUCAAUCUGCCAGUGAGAGGAUGAUUUUUUCUACUCCUGAGUGUGAUGCUGCUUCCUGCAAUUAUAUCUCUGAUCAGACAUGUGCUGAUGAGCUGUCCAUGCAAUUACCCAGAAGUACAAAAUGUGUUGGAAAUGCUGAUGAUUUCUGGGGGUCUUACGCUGUUAUUUGUAGAUGUCUUUCUGAUUAUUGCAUGGAGGUUAUGUGGAAUGCUGUCUUUUAUGAUACCAUAGCAGAGUAUACAAUUUCCUGGAGAAAGAGCAAACUUUGGUUCCAUCAUCCAUAUUUGUGCAUGAAGAUUGAAGAAUUACCCAGUGAAACUUGUUUUUCUGGCCAAGAAUCUCCUGCUAGCAGUGUCGACUGCCCUCCUGGUUUUGAGCUUCACAAAACUAAAUCAGAUCAUACUGUGCCAUCAUCCAUUACAUCUUCAUGUGCACAUGUGGGGCAGGAGCCUUGCGAACAGAAUAGCCUAUCAUUUAAAGAUUGUCCAGAUGAUGACAUGAAAUGCAUCUUAGAAAGCGUAGCAUAUGAGCUGCAUAAGUCCACAAAGGUGUCUUUGUUAGAGUAUGUUGAAAUGCUUGUGAAAGAGAAAGUGAAGAAAUUAGUUGAUUUUUCAGAGGAUAAGAGAUUAAAUGAGGAAAUUGUUGACUUUUCUAUUCCAUCCAUCCAGGCAAGUGAGUAUGGUUCUAUAGAAAUGAAAGAUGAGCAGAUGAUUGAUUCAAACCAAAUUCCUGCUGAGAUAAGGUUUUCCAGCAACCCUCAAAGCUCACUACAAGUGCAAAAAUCUUUUUUUCCAUUUCAAUCUGAGAAUGAAAUAUCCAAUUUUCUGGCAAUUGCUUUUGAAAGAUUACAUCCAUCUGUUGUCAAUGCAAUUGAUGAUGAAAACAUUGACGGGCCACCACCACCUGGAGUCAAAGAUACUGCUCUAUUCCCUUCCGCAAUAAAUAAAUUCCGAUCUUCAAAAUCACUUGAAUUAACUCCCAAGGUUGGAGCCUGUGUCACCAUUGCCAUGUGCAUGCAGAAGCUGCAUGAUGACGUGCUUAGUGUUUGGAAAUCAAUCUUUGUUGAUGAAAUUCUUCAUCGAUCUCCUAGAUUAUGCUGUUCUUCAGAAAAGCAUACCGAACCUGGUAUCCAUGAGGAAGGAGCAUUCAAAUUCACAGAGGGGUCGAACAAAUUUCACAGCCCAGACUCUUCAGUACUGUCAUUGGUUUCAGGUAAAUACACAUAUCAUCGGAAGAGAAAGUUGGCGGGAAAGAAGUUGGGCUCAUCUUCUCAUUCUACUACUACAGUUGAUUCUGGAUCACUGAAACAGCCUGUAGAGAAGUCAAGAAAGCAGGAUGUUCUUAGCGAUGUUUCUGAGAAUGUAGUGAUUCAACAUGUAAAGACUCCUAAGAAGAAGGGCCAGGCUUCAUCUGUUGAUGCUAAGUCUUUGAAAGCCACUAAUGCUGAAUCAUCUGUUAAUGCUAGGCCUUUGAAAGCCACUAUUGCUGAAUCAUCUGUUAAUGCUAGGCCUUUGAAAGCCACUGUCAAAAGCACCUUAAAAAAGGAUCAAUCAUUGCCCAAAAAUAUUAGUCGUCGGAAAGUAAUGAAGACUGCACGAGCAGUUAAUGAUGAUAAAGAUGCCAAAGAUUCCAUAAAGACUUCUAGGGAUAUGGUCGGGCUUAUUGAUUGCAAUGGCCUUGAUGCUGGAAUUAAGAAAUCAGGGACUACUGAAUGUUCUAAGAAGCCUUUAAACUCAACAAAGGUGUCAAAUUCAAAAAGGAAAAGCACAGUAGAUGGUGGAUCUGUGUCACACCCAAUGAAGAUUCUUAAAGUAGAAAUUGGUGCUAACAAGCACGCAGCAACUGGACAGGUUAUGGCACGGAAGACAAAGUCUGAUCAUGUUUUCUUAUGUACAGCAACCAAGGUUUCGAAGUUGAAAAGGAAAAGCACAGUAAAUGGUGGAUCUGUGUCACAUCCUAUGAAGAUUCUUCAAGUAGAAAAUGGUGCUAAUAAGCAAACAGCAACUGGACAGUUUACAGCACGGAAGACAAAGUCAAGUAAAUCCAGGAUGUUAAUUCCCUGCCCUAGAUCUGAUGGUUGUGCACGGUCUUCAAUUAAUGGUUGGGAAUGGCAUGCAUGGUCAGUUAAAGCUAGUCCUGCUGAAAGAGCUCGUGUUAGGGGAGUGCGGUGCAUUCAUGCCAAGUAUUCAGGUUCAGAGGCAUAUGCAUCUCAGCUGUCAAAUGGCAAGGUCCUUUCUGCGAGGACUAACAGGGUGAAGCUUCGCAAUCUUCUUGCUGCUGCAGAAGGUGUUGACCUUUUGAAAGCAACACAGUUGAAGGCAAGAAAAAAGCGUUUAUGUUUCCAGCGAAGCAAGAUACAUGACUGGGGUCUUGUUGCUCUAGAAUCAAUUGAGGCUGAGGACUUUGUUAUUGAAUAUGUCGGUGAACUGAUUCGUCCACAAAUAUCUGAUAUACGUGAAAGACUUUAUGAGAAGAUGGGAAUUGGCAGCAGUUAUCUCUUUAGACUUGAUGAUGGUUAUGUGGUUGAUGCCACAAAACGUGGUGGGAUUGCAAGAUUUAUAAACCAUUCUUGCGAGCCGAACUGCUACACCAAGGUUAUAAGUGUUGAAGGUCAUAAAAAAAUUUUCAUUUAUGCAAAACGUUAUAUAGCUGCUGGUGAAGAAAUUACUUACAAUUACAAAUUUCCUCUGGAGGAUAAAAAGAUACCUUGCAACUGUGGUUCUAGGAAGUGUCGUGGAUCAUUGAAUUAGGAAGUAUUCUGAGAUGCCAAUUGUGGCUGUAUUUUAGAGUUGUCUCUCACCUUUUAUGGCUGACAGGAUCAGAAUAUAGUUUGAUGCGUUUGGAAGAGCUGGGUUUGUUCAUAAACUGCUGCUUGAAAGAUUUGUUUGGUGUUCUGAUGAGAUUGGGUGCAGACCAGCAGCAGUGAACAUUGGCACGGUUUAUCUUCAAUUGCUGUGAAUCUAGGCAUUGAUAAAAGCUGCACGAUGUGAUUGUGAUGAUCAUUCUAUGUUGGAUUUUCUCCCUACUCUACGAAGAUGAAUUAAUGACCUGUGCAUUCUUGUAGAUCUCUCUCUGCUGCAGAUGAGUUUCUCCUCUUAGAAACUCCAAAUCAAUUUAUUGUUUUUGCACAUAACAUUUUUGGAGUAUUGAUUUGUUGUACAGACAUGCAUUAUUUCCUUAUUUAUUCAGUACAGGGAAAAACUAAUAUAUGUGAUGGAACUUAUUAAUAAAUUUAGUUUUUGAUUCUGUUGAUAGUGAUAGUUGGUGAUGGCUACUUCACCCUUGCAACUCUAACAUGUUUUUGUGUCUCAAAAUUAAGUUAGAGGAACUGAAGAAUUUUGGAGCAUGUGGUGCUUACACCUAUUAAACCUAAUAUUGACUACAGGAGGGACUCGGUAAUUAUGGGCUAGCUGUCAAGCAGUUGGAGUGCAUCAGGUAAAGAUUCAUUGUCGCCGAUGAGGUGGGGCGGAGGUUUCCUUAUGCCCCCUGGUAUGUCAUGUCUGCUUCCCUCUUUGUAUAAAUGCUAACGCCGUUGCCCACUGUAUUGGUUUUGUGCAGAUAUGGAAGGUACCGACAAAAUGGCAAUUGCAAAUUUCAAAACACUUGAAUCACGGUGAAACUUGCUAUAUAUACAUGUACAUUUUAUAAUAAAUCAAUGAAAAAGAGCGGGGGUUGUUUAAUUUGUCUUUUAUUAUUUUUUAAACCGAACUCAAUUCACUCAAAUCUCAAUCCAAACGUGUUGGGAUUGGCUGAAGGUUUUUUUUUUUAUUAUUAUUUCUGGGUGGGGGUGGUCAAUAAGACCGUACAGUCACAAUCAACGGUCAGGUUUUAACGUAGGAGUUGGUAUUUAAAUGCAAAGAGAAGUUCAGAGAAGUCGUGUUACCACAGAUUGAAAUGACCAUUUUCUUUGCCUCACUGCACUAGGAAAUAAGCGCUCUAACAAAGCAAAGGAAGGUUGGUGGAUGGUACUUUCACCAAAUGGAGUGAUUUGGUUUGAACCUCAGUUUGGUAUGCGUGCCAUUUAUUGAUAAGAAGAGGGAUUUUAAAAUACUUUAAUCUGUUUGAUCAUCUAGAGUAUGUUGCCUAUUUCAGUUGCAUAAGAGUAACUCCGCCUGUGAUGUUUCAUGGUUUGUAAUGCACACCACAGCCGGUCCCAAGCCCGGACAAAGGAGGAGGGUGUGGUUAAUAAAUAAUGAGCCUUGCGGCAAUAAAAGACGCGCUGUGUUCUC